CUGUUUCAGCUGCACGCAGUGCCCUAGGUGGUGGUGGUGGUGAUCAGGGUGCUGGCUUCCAUAGAGCUUUGAUCAGAACCCUGUUACAGGUCCCAGGUCGGUAUUUACAGUGUUGUGUGUAUGGGGGGAGGACACUUCCCUGUGGCUCCCAGUGACGUGUAAGUUGACUUCUCUCUCGGCUGUGUUCCUCUGACUGGGUCUGGCAUGGUGAUUGCCAAAAUAUUGUCAAAGUGAUGUCCAAUCAAAGGGAAUCUCUGCUAAAAAGCCUCUGUGCCACCAUACACAAUGCCUAGUGUAUCUCACUGAGAUUGUGGAUGCUUAAUUUUCACACUUAGCUGCGCAGCAGGCCUGAAAGUCUAACCUCUGCAGAGGUCUCUAGACACAAGACCUGAUUCUGAGAGAUGUUGAGCACCCACACUGCUAGGCUUUAAAAUCUGCCUGUCUUGCUUUUGAUGUAGUUCAUAACCCAGUUGUUUAAGAAGGCAUACCUCUGAUGUAAAUCAAAUUGUACUAAGGGUGUCUGGUCUCUUCCUCUGAGGGGCUCAAUGCUGCACUACUUUGUCAGAAUCCAGGGCCUUCACCCUUGCAGGACUGCUGCUGCGAGCCCCGUAUGGAACUUGUCUACAUUAGACUGAGCAGGAUGAAUUGGUGACACUAUUGGCUUUGCCAUUCACAGCAAAAGAUCGCUAGUGUUAUUUUAAGCGAAGACUAAGAUACUGUUCUGCUCCUUGUGAACACUGCAGAGGAAUCAUCCAGCCCAAGGGACAGAUAUUCGUUCACAUCUCAAUAAGGACUGCUCUAGCCAAGCCCUGGCACUAAUGGAUCUGAAGAGAGCCCCAUCCCCCUUAGACAGCAGUCCCAUGUCCCCUUCCCCUCUUAGAUGGGGUAGAAACCAGUACUGGACCUUGCUGAAGGUGUUUCAUAUUGAUGUUGUGAUGGACAAUGGUGCUGUUCAGUAGGAGGCAGCCUCAUUUUGGUGGUUUACAACAGUGUCCCUGUUGUACCUCACUGCAUGCCAAACCUCUUCAUUAACGGACUGUUAUGGCUCUGUAUUUCUUAGUGGCAAACACGUGGAUGGCAGGAAUGGGGUGAUAAGGCUAAAAAGGGCUAUACAGCACAAGUCUGACUUUCUGUAUUUCAGCAUGUUCUUAAGCAAAUCACUGUGACAGGGUCCAGCAACACAUGGGCUGUCUCUCGUCGUCGUUUUUUUUAAAUUACCACAAUCACACAGUUUGAGAGAUGGAAACCUGUUGAAUAUUAAACAAAUCAGGCCCCAAAGGAAUAUUUGUUAGUAAAUGACUUUUAAAAAGAUCUAGACCUUCUCAGGAGGCUGGGGAGGAGGCAGUUUGUUUCCUUGAAAAAAAUGUAGCUGACGCUAGUGCUAGACAUGUCCUAGCACAAUCCAUUUUACGUGCGUUGCAGACAUGCCUGCUUGCUGUAUCUGCACCCACCGCAGCUCCACAGCCAGUAGCAGCAGGGGGGAAGGUUGGCACAGACCAGCCCCCUUGUCACCUACUCAGAGCCGGUUUAGGCUAUAUGGUGGUAGAAACAGCUGCAGGCAAACCCCAGUAGCUCUCUGGUAUGCUAAACAAGCAGUGUAUUUCCCCCCAAAGGCCUCAAGUAGAGAAGAGUUCUGAAAUACUAAGCUGUAGCCCAAAGGGCAGCAGGCAGCUGAUGUCACAAUCAGUGAGGUCAGUGGCAUGAAAGUUCCAAAAUUACCCCUGGUAUUUCUCAGCUUGCCAUGGCUUCUGCCAGCACUGUCAAAGGGAAUCCACAUCCGUGACAAAAGGAAAGGAAAUGUCAGUCAAAGGAAGCACCAGUUCUGUAGCAGUAGCAACAAUCCAGGAAGGUCCUGCAAAACGGGCAGUACUGGUUCGGGCCAGUAAAAAGCCUAAAGAAGAUAGCGCAUCAUCAACUCAGGGAAGCCCCAAGAUUGUGAAGGAGACUAGAGCAGUGAUCAUAGACAUUGGCACAGGUUACUGUAAGUGUGGAUUUGCUGGAGAGCCUCGUCCCUCCCAUGUUAUUUCAUCUACAGUGGGCAAGCAUUUCCAGGAGACUGCUAAAACUGGGGACAAUCGCAAAGAAAGCUUUGUUGGAAAAGAACUUCAGGAUGUGAAAAUACCCCUAAAACUGGUCAACCCCUUGAGACAUGGCAUAGUGGUUGACUGGGAUUGUGUCCAAGACAUUUGGGAAUACAUUUUCCACAAAGAGAUGAAGAUUCAGCCAGAGGAGCAUGCGGUGCUGGUAUCAGACCCUCCACUGAGUCCUACCACCAACAGGGAGAAAUAUGCUGAGAUGCUGUUUGAAACGUUCUGCACUCCUGCCAUGCAUAUCGCCUACCAGUCCAGAUUAUCUAUGUAUUCAUAUGGAAAGACCUCUGCUCUUGUGGUAGAAAGUGGCCAUGGCGUUUCAUAUGUGGUCCCUAUCUACGAAGGUUAUACUAUGCCAAGCAUUACUGGACGCGUAGACUAUGCUGGAUCAGACCUUACCCAGUACCUCAUGAAGUUAUUAAAUGAGGCGGGGAAAACAUUUACUGGGGAACAACUAAGUGUGAUAGAAGACAUCAAGGAAAAGUGUUGUUAUACGUCUCUGGACCUUCAGCAUGACAUGAGUUUGCCUCUCCGGAAACAGCAGGUUGAUUACGAACUUCCAGAUGGGCACCUAAUUCCCAUUGGCAAAGAGAGAUUCCUGUGUGCUGAAAUGCUCUUUAAACCAUCCUUGAUAGGAUCACAGCAGCCAGCGCUUCCACUGCUGACAAUGACCUGCCUCAGUAAAUGUGAUGUUGAUCUCAAGAAGAAGCUGAUGGGCAAUAUCUUGCUGUGUGGAGGUUGUACCAUGCUGAGGGGUUUCCCUGACCGCUUCCAGAGCGACCUGACCAAGAUGUGCCCCAAUGAUAAUCCCAUUGCAGCAGCAUCCCCUGACAGAAAGUCUUCUGUCUGGACUGGAGGGUCAAUUUUGGCAUCACUCAAGGCCUUUCAGCAGCUCUGGGUUUACAGAAGAGAAUAUGAAGAACAGGGUCCUUUCUUCAUCUACAGGAAAUGCUUUUGAGUACAGAGUGGACAGGAUUGAGCUUAAAAUCAAUACUGCCACCCAGAGGGGACUGUAGAUGUCUGAGAACCUCUGUUUCUUUCUCAGAUACUGGUAACAAACCAAGCUGCUAAACUGAAGUUUGGAUCUGUGUUCCACUGUGGCUGUAUUAAAUGUUCAUAGCAUUCUGUGUUGUACAUUAACAGCUUUUAUCUCACUGUUUCAUAAGAAUUUUCACAGUAGCCUAUUUGACUGUAAAAGGGAUAGAGCAGCUGGUUCAGACCCAUUGUCUAUUGCAGUGGUUUUCAGCCUGUGGUCCGGGGACACAGACUGUCUAAGAUUUUCAAAGGGCUCCCCACCUCCAUUUGAAUUUUUUUAUGGAUCUGCAAAUGAAAAAAGGUUAAAGCCCUGAUUAAGUGAUAUAGAAAAACAGCACCACUUUCAGUAUCUACAGUGAGUCCGCUGCUGACCACCAGCUAUGGUCGCAAUGAAAUUUUUCUAAUAGGUUACCCCUUAGUGCCCAAAAUGGGUCUGGGCUUGUAGACUAGAGUUUCAAAUUCACUGAACGUGUAGGUCCAUGGGUCCACUCUAGGUGUGCUAACCAGGUCUCCAGCAAUCACCUGGCUCUGGGCAGGGACCUUUGUCCUACUCUUUUUUGGGGGGGCGGAGAGGCUUAAGGGUGCUCAGCCCCUGCCUUAUGUUGUGAUAUCCUCAACAAA